AUGUCUCGAACAUCUAUUAUCCUAUCAUGUAUUUUAAUCACUAUAUUUUUAAUAAAUUUUUCAUUCGCAAGUUUAUUAUUAAUUGAUCGUAAAAAUCCAUGUCGUGCUUAUGGAAAUGCUUCAGUAUAUGAUAUUACAAAUCUUGUUAAAACAUGGCCUAUUACUCUUGAUGGACCUGGUUUUGGUGGUGAAUAUAUUUAUUAUUGGAGCUGUGCUGGUAGAACAGGAAUAUGUGAAGAUACGGAUGCUGCUGUAUGUCAACAAAGAACGACUGAACUUGUACCACGAUGGAAUGCCGGUAAUGUUUCUCCACAAAUUUGGUUUGGUUUAUUUAAUGGUCCUGAAGUUCAUGUAAUGAAAAGUUUCCUCUUUUCA